AUGUCUCUCCCCAACCCCGAGAAAACCAAAAUACCCAAAGACGAACCCCCAAUAGACAAGAUCAACCAACGAGGCACCGAUGCCCACGCCGAACAUGCCUCCGACUCCGACGCACACUCGGAAAAGCCCAAGCUCCAAACCAGUGGCAAGCCCGAACUCACCGAAGACGACUGCUACGACAAGCUAGGCUUCUGCUUCCCAACAUGGAAGAAAUGGACCAUCCUCACUGUAAUCUUCCUAGUUCAAAUGUCCAUGAACUUCAACACAGGCGUCUACUCCAACGCCGUCCCGGGUCUCGUCGAACGAUUCCACAUCAGCGAACAAGCAGGUCGAGUAGGCCAGUGCGUCUUCCUAGUCGCCUAUGCAUUUGGAUGCGAGCUUUGGGCUCCAUGGAGUGAAGAGUUUGGCCGAUGGCCUAUCAUGCAGCUUUCUCUGUUCCUGGUGAAUAUCUGGCAGAUUCCGUGUGCGCUGGCACCGAACUUCGGGACAAUUGUUGUGUGUCGAGUUUUGGGGGGCUUGAGCUCUGCUGGUGGAUCGGUGACUCUGGGUAUGACGGCUGAUAUGUGGGAAGCUGAUGAUCAGGGUUAUGCCGUUGCCUAUGUGGUUCUUUCGUCGGUGGGUGGUUCAACUGUUGGGCCGUUCUUUGGUGGGAUGAUUGGGCAGUGGUUAGAUUGGCAUUGGGUGUUUUGGAUGCAGUUGAUUGUUGGUGCCGUGACGCAGAUUAUACACUUUUUCAUGGUGCCAGAGACUAGAGCGUCGAUUCUGGUUGAUCGGGAAGCUCGACGGCGUCGGAAGGAAGGGAUCGAUGUAUGGGGUCCCAAUGAGUUGAAGACUCCCCGGUUGGAUGUUCACGAUGUGCUUCGAAUCUGGAUUCGUCCUUUCGAGAUGUUCAUCCGCGAACCUAUCGUUCUCUUCCUUUCUCUCCUGUCUGGUUUCUCCGAUGCCUUGAUCUUCGUCUUCACAGAGUCUUUCUCCCUGGUCUUUGAACAAUGGUCCUUCAAUACCCUCGCCGUAGGCUUGACCUUCGGCUCAAUCCUCAUCGGCUAUGUCCUCGCCUACUUAAUCUUCCUACCAGACAUCUAUCGACAGAUCCAAACAAGACGCAAAUUCGGCGCAGCAAGUCGUCUCGCAGAGCGUCGUCUCCUAUUAUUGCUCUUCAUCGCACCCCUCGAACCAAUAGGUCUGCUUGGCUUCGCAUGGACAUCCAUGGGUCCCCCCAUUCCAUGGAUUGCACCUUGCAUAUUCGCCUGUCUGAUUGCAAUGGCAAACUAUGCCAUCUACAUGGCGACGAUCGAUUACAUGGUCGCUGCAUACGGACCGUAUUCUGCAUCUGCAACAGGUGGCAAUGGAUUCGCACGCGAUUUCCUCGCUGGUAUCGCGACCAUGUAUUCGACGCCGAUGUACCAGAAUAUGGGGUCGAAGUAUCAUUUGCAAUGGGCCAGUACACUACUUGGCUGCGUGGGCUUCUUGGUCUUGAUCCCCAUUUAUGUCUUCUAUUGGAAGGGCCCGGCUAUCAGGGCCAAGAGUAAAUUUGCCCAGAAGCUGGCUGCUGAUCGUGAUAGACAUUCUGAGAGCCGGAGGGCCAGUCAGGUUAGAGCUUCUGUUGGUGCUUAG